AUGGUCUAUCAAAAAACUAGAUAUUUCAUUGAUUUAUACAUUAAAAAAUAUAUAAAAGAAUAGACAAAAAUACACUUAGUCAGUGAUUAUGUUAUAGAGAAUUUGAUUAAUUUAAAAAAAAACUAAAUUAAGGUUGAGAUUUAUUAAUAAAUAUACUAAAAAAUGUUAAAUACUUUGAUUAUCAUAAUCAAUGCUUUUAUUUUAACUAUUCUAUUUUGUCCAGUAUGGAUUAAGUGGUUAGCACGGUUGCAUAAGAAAGUUGUUGCUCUAAACUACUCCUAUAUACCAUUUACACUUUACAAUAUGGAAUUAAGAUAUUAAUACAAAAAACAUAUAAUAGUUGUUGUAAACAUAGCACGUAUACAAAUUUAAAAAAUUCCAAAUUCAUGGAGAUUUAAUGUAAACAUCAUUGAUCUGAGUUUACAAUUCAUCCCUAAUCAACCUAUAAAAAUUGGCUUUUAAUUCGAAGAGUAAUUGUAUAUAGAAAGACUCAAAUCCAAAUUCUUACCUUAUACUCAUUAAAAAAUAUUACACCGCAAAAGUAAAUAAAUUCCAUUUCUAUCGCUAUUAUUGGAAUCUUCAGCAAUUAAUUGUCUUUUUUUAACCCUCUCUCGCUUAAAUAUUCAUUUUAAUUAAAUUAAUGUCACAUUACCAAAACUCAAUUCUAAAGAGAAGGAUUUACCAGAAAUGAUUAUAAAUGUAGAAUAAACAUCAAUAUUUUUACAUCUUAAUUAAAAUGGUCAUUUAUAAUGGAAACUCAACAGUGAAGGUGCUAAUAUGUAAUAAUGUUUAACUAUUACUAAAAUUAAUUUAGAUGCUAUCACUAAACCUGGAUUAUUAAUUGAUCUAUUAGAAGAACACAGUUAUAUUGAUGUAAACAUUUAAGAAGUACGAUGGUUUUGUAAAAGUUAAUAUUUUUAUACAAUGGAUGUCUUAGCUAAUGAAUUUUGGACUAGACCAGAUAUUAAUAAAAUUCUUAAAAAAUAAUUUAAUGAAAAAGGGUUUAUGUUUUUAGGUAAACCAAGAAAAACGAAUCUUUACUUUGGAUCCUUUAAAAUUGAAUUCAGCAUUUUCAAUGAUUCUGAAAAUUAAAAAAACAAUUCUUUUCAUAUUUUAACUCAAAAGUUUUAUAAAUAUACCUAAAAUAAACUUGUAUUUGAAUGGCAACAAUUAAAAUAUUAUGGAUAAUAUAAUAUUGUUGACACAGAUUAAAUUAAAAAAGCAAUUAUAAAAUGUAAACAGUUCACAGUGAAUACAUUAUAAGAAGAUAUUAGAUUUUAAGAUAUUUCUUGGAAUAUUGAUUCUACAUCCAGCAAUACUGUUCACUCUAAUGAUAAUACAAAACAUUUUAUCAGAUAUGCUGAUCUUAUUAUUAAUUUAUCUCCAUAACUGAUUAAAUUUUUUACUCUUAUUUAAACUGAAUUAGCAUCUGAAUUCAGAGUUGCAUUUAUUGAAAAUUAUGAAUAAAGCAAAUAUUUUAAAAAAUAUAAUCGCAUUGCUAAAGAAAUGUGUUGUUAAUUUUUAAAUAUUGAUUUAAAUAGUGCUUUAAGAACAUCAUAUGAUUUUUUUAUUACUAAUAAAUUUUAAAUUAAUUUAAUCUAUGAUGGAACAAUCAUUAACUCAAUCACGAUUAAUUAAUUUCAUUAUAUUUCAAGCGAAGGAGAUGUUAACGAAUCUUCAAUUACAUUUAAAAAUUGCUAGAUGACUAGUAAUAUUAGUUAAACUGAUGGCUUUAUCCAAGAUUUUAAAAUGCAAACAAACCCUCAAAAUAUUAAUUACAAUUUUAAUACCUUUUAAUUAUUGGUUGAACAAUAAAACAUAGAAAAGAUUUUAAGAAUUUAUUAACUUUAGAAAAUUUUUAGAUCAUAGUUAUCCAAAUUUACAUCUUUCAAAUUAACACCUUUAGAAAAAAAAAAAUCCAAAGCCAAUAAACCAAUAAUUAAAGAUAAAAUUAUUAAUUGUCAAAAGGUAAAACUAAAAUAUUUGUCUGAACCUUUUUUGGCUGAAAUAAAUUUAAAAGAAAUCAAAACAUAGGAUCCUAAUAACAUUGAUUUAAAUUAAUUCUCAAUUAAAUUUUAAAAUUCUUCUUUAUUUGUAAUAGAUUAAAUUUAAACUAAAAAUAGUGCUUAAUUAAUGUAAAUUAAUAUUAAGUUUGCAAAACUCAAUUUUGAAGAAGAAGUUAGAGAUAUUAAUGUAUUUCUAGCUGGUAUAAAAUAAAUGAAUACAAUUGUGUCUAGAAAAUAGAUUUUCGAUAUUAAUUAAGAAGAAAUAGAUACUUCAUAACUUAGAAAAAGAAGAUCUUCUCAUGAUGGUGUUCUAAAGUAAAUUACAAGUAAUUAAGAUUAAACUACAAAAUUAAGAUCAAUUUUUGGAAAAAAUACAAAUCUAAAUAUUUAAAGUUUUGAAAUUCAGGUUUAAGACACAAAAUUAAAUGAUGCAUUAUGUAAAUAUAGAAGAUUUUAAGAAAAAUUUGAAACAAUAAAAAGUAGAUAAAAUGAAAGCAGGGUAUUAGAAGGUUUAAAAACCUAAUAAUCAUAUCCUUUAUUUCAUUUAAAAUUCUAGAAUCUGAAUUUUAAAUUUAAAAAAUAGAAUUUAUCUAUGAAUUAAGUACUUGAUAAAAUUACCAAAUUAGAUUCUCAUCCAACUUAAUUAGAUGAAUCUUUCUUUGAAUAUUUUGAAUUAGCGAAUUGCGAAAUUUUAUUGGAAUAAAUAAAAAUAUCAAUAAGAGAUUAUAAGCUUAAUUUACUUGAUUUAAGGGGCAUAAAAUUAAACACUUUUUUAUGUAUUUCUAAAUUAAAUACAUAAAAUAUAUAGAUAGGAUUGAGAGUAUUUUAUGAUUUAAGUUUAGAAAUUAAAUAAUUACAAAUAGCAGCAGGAUUAAAUUUAGUAUUUGCUUUUAGAGAAAUCUCAAAUAGAAUUAAUUAAAUAAUGGGCUAGAGUGUAAAUUAAAUAUAAGAUAAAAUUAUAAUAAAAGAAUAAUUAGCAUUUUGGGAUAGAUUUAGAUUAAAAUUUCAUGGUAAAUUGCAUUUUUAACUUGAUCACUUAAUUUUAUAAAUUACAACUGAUAUUUUACCAUAUUCAAUUGAUUGUAUAAAAUUAUCAUCUAAGUAAAUAAAUAUAGAAUUUUUAAAUUGGACAUUAAAAGGAUAAGCUGAUAAGUUAAAAUUAGGUAGAAUACCAAAAAUCUAGAAAGUUCUCUAUAUUCCAAGAAUUCAAAUGGUAACUGAAUUCUAUUGGUUUGCUUAAAAGGAUCAAUAUGAUCAUUAUUUUUACAUGAGAAAACCAUAUUUUAAUUAAAUAAAUGAUGGUUUAAAUGAUUUUAUAAGUCAAUAAUUAUAGAUUGAAAUAAAAGUAGAUUGUAUUCAAUAUGAACAUUAUUAAGAAUCUAAUUUUAGAGAUUAACAAAAGCAUAGUUUUUUUAUUCAUUACUAAAAUUAAUUUAUGAGAUGGUUAAAGAACAGACCUAUAUUGAGACAUGAUGUAUUAAAAAUGUUUUCUGUUAAAAUAAAUAAAUUACCAUAAGUAAUGGAUAAUGAAAUAUCUGAAAUAGAAUGGAAUAUGUAUGCAGACUAUAAAACAUUAGUUAAUUAUACAUAUAUAAAAUUAAUGGAAUCAUUAAUAAUUAAGUAAUCAUUAUUUUAGCAUACAAAAAAGAUAAAUAUAAGAGUAUAUUCAAAUAAAUUUAGAAUGUUUUUUACAAAUUCUGAAAAACCAGUAUCACACAAUGAAACUUUUUUAAAACAUAAAGAUAUUCCAUUUAUUGGAUUUUAAACAUUAUUAUAAUCCUUAAAAUUUAAUCUAUAAUUAGAACCAAAUCGAAUAGAUAAAGAAUGGAGAUUUGAAGUUUAAUCAAUAGCAGCUAAAUGUGAUUAAUUAGUAUCUUCAAUGUUUGAUGGAAAAUAGAUGUUAGAAAUGGAAUAACCAGAACCUUUGAGUUAAUAAGAAUAAUUUGUUAAUUUUUUUGAUAUUCAGCCAGUGGAUUAUUAUUAGAGUGAAUUAAAUUAAUCAUAAAAUUUGUAAAAUAUGACUUUUCAUGAAUUAAAAAAAUUAAAGAAAUUUCUUAAACAACCUUUUAUUAUCAACACUACUUUGACUCCAUAAUAUCAUUUAUUUAAUUUAUAAACAGAUGAAUCAUAUUUAUAAGAUUCAUUGGAAGAUGUUAAACUAAGAGGGAGAGCAUCAGGUAUUCAAAUUAAACCAUAAGCUAAAAAUGAAUUUAGUGCUUUUGACAUUUUUUUAAUAGCUAAAUCAUUAGAGUAUAAAUAGAAUUAAAAAAUAUAAUUAUAGGAUGAAGACGAUGAUAGUAAAGCUGUAAUGACUUAAAAAAUAAUUAAGAAUUUCAUUUCUGCUUUAAAUAGUUAAUUCCUAUUUACAUUUUACCUUUAAGAAAUUUGGGGUAAUGUUUUUGAAAGCCUUGAAAUUCCAUAGAAUAAUGAGACUAAAUAAAAAUUUGAUCAGUAAAUAAAUUAAACAAAACCUAAAUCAUUUAGCAGAGAAGAAUUAAUAUUGAUGGUUUCAUUAGUUAAUCCUUAAUUUAAUUUUUAAUAUCAUAAUGCUAAUUGUUAAAUGAUUUUAACAUCUCCAAAAGAUUGUUAAAUUAUAAUGUCAGAAUACAUUCUUCCAUUUGAUAGUUUAGAAAUUGAUAAAAAAAUAGUUACUAAAUUAAUAUUUAAUGGAUUAGAUUGUUAAGUAUUAUAAAAACAUUUAGAUGCUAAAUAAACUGUAAGAUUUCUAAAUCAAGAUUAUGAAAAAAUUGUUAAAUGUGAUUAUGCUCUUUUUUAGAUUUAAAAUUAUUAAUUAAGAGAAAAUGCAAGAGAUUUUACAGAAAUAUCUUCAUUAAAUAAAAAAAAUAAUCCUAAUUAUUGGAAUUAAGAAUUAAGAAGACCAAUAGUAUAAGUAAAAGUUGGUUAAUUAAAUGCAACAAUGAAAAAAUACUAAUUAGAUCAAUUUUUAGAUAUGUUAACAUUUAUGGAAAUGGCAGUAACAACAAAAAAUGAAUUCGAAAAUAAGGAAAGAUUUUAUAGAAAUAAAUUAAAAGAAUUAAAUUAAUAUGGUAGUAAAUAGAUUGAUCAAUUAAUUAAAAAGAAAAUAUCAGAAAAUCUUGAACAUUAUGGAGCUGAAAAAUCAAAAUUAGAUUAUGCUAUUAAAGAAACUAGUCUAUCUUUAUUAGAUGAAUAAGAAGUUAGCUUUAUUUUAUUCAAUAUUAGAUAAAUUAGAAUUAUAGAGACAGUUUUUGAAAAUGAUAGCCAUAAAAUUGAUAUUUUACUUUAAGAUAUGGAUGCAAUUAACAAAAUAGAAUAAGAUCCAGACUAUAAGAUGGUUUUAAGUUAGGAACUAAAAGAAAAUAGAUCAUAACCUUUUUUUAGAAUGAUUAAAAAGUUCUACCCUCUUUAAAUUUAUUAAUAAAAAUGGUUUGUUAUUGAUUAAAAUGAUAUCAAAAUGAAUCCUCUUACAAUUAUACUGACAGAUGAAUUAUAUGAUCAAUUUUAUACUUAUUUUUUUGGUGAUGAAUAAACACAAAGGAAUAAUAGAUUAAGUAUAGAAAAAAAAGAAUAAAUGAAAUGUAUUUUUAUAUUUAUAAAUAUCUUAGCUGCUAUGGAGAAUAUAUCUAAGUAAAUACCAGAUUAUUUUCAUUCCUUAUAAGUUAGUGAACUUAAAUUAAUUGCCACAUUCAAACAUCCAUCCAAAAUUAAGAGAUUUAAAGAUGUAACUAUCUAAUUAGAACCAUAUAAAUCUCCUAAAUAAUUCACUACCACUAAAGAAGUAUAAAAAUUUAUCUUAUUAUUGUUAGCAAUUUGAUGAAUUCGCAGCUUUUGUUCUAAAACAAAUUUCUACAUAGAUAUUCUCUAUCAUUGGAUAAAAGCUCUUUGGAUGA